UUGGGCUGCCUUGCGCGGCAGGUCUGGGAAGCAGCUGCGGCGGCGCGGCGAUAGUGUCGCGGAGACCGAGGUUUGGGCUAUGGCUGUGAACCUAAGCCGCAAUGGGCCGGCGCUGCUGGAGGCCUACGAGAGAGUGGUCAACGAGAAGUCUUCAACCGACUGGGCCCUCUUUACUUACGAAGGAAACAGCAAUGACAUCCGCGUGGCUGGCACUGGGGAGGGGGGCCUGGAGGAGAUGGUGGAGGAGCUCAACAGUGGGAAGGUGAUGUACGCCUUCUGCAGGGUCAAGGACCCCAACUCCGGCCUGCCCAAGUUUGUCCUCAUCAACUGGACCGGUGAGGGUGUGAAUGACGUGCGGAAGGGAGCAUGCGCCAACCACGUCAGCACCAUGGCCGGCUUCUUGAAGGGGGCCCAUGUGACCAUCAAUGCCAGGGCCGAGGAGGACGUGGAGCCCGAGUGCAUCAUGCAGAAGGUGGCCAGGGCCUCAGGUGCUAACUAUGCCUUCCACAAGGAGAGUAGCCGCUUCCAGGACACGGGCCCCCAGGCUCCAGUGGGCUCAGUGUACCAGAAGACCAAUGCUGUGUCUGAGAUCAAAAGGAUUGGCAAAGACAGCUUCUGGGCCAAAGCAGAGAAGGAGGAGGAGAACCGCAGGCUAGAGGAGAAGCGGCGAGCGGAGGAGGAGCGGCAGCAGCUGGAACAGGAGCGCCGGGAGCGGGAGCUGCGCGAGGCUGCCCUCCGGGAGCAGCGCUAUCAGGAGCAGGGAGGCGAGGCUGGCCUCCAGAGCAGGAAGUAUGAACAGCAUGAUGUGGUUUCAAGGAACAGAGAGGAGCAGCCAGCACACCCACGGGAGAUUUUCAAGCAGAAGGAGAGGGCCAUGUCUACCACAUCCAUCUCCAGCCCUCAGCCAGGCAAGCUGAGGAGCCCCUUCCUGCAGAAGCAACUCACUCAACCAGAUACCCCCCUCAGCAGAGAGUCAGCUCAUGCCACCUCAAGGCCCAGGGCAGAUCUCCGCGAGGAGCCAGUGCCCAGCAUCCCUCCGUGUUCGGUGCAGGUGGAAGAGGAGGCCGUGUACGAGGAACCCCCAGAGCAGGAGACUGUCUAUGAGGAGCCUCCGAUGGUGCAGCAGCAAGAUGCCGGCUCGGAGCCCGUUGACCACGCCCGCGGGCUGAGUGGGAAGGGGCUCUGUGCCCGGGCCCUGUACGACUACCAGGCAGCCGACGAGACCGAGAUCUCCUUUGACCCUGAGAACCUCAUCACCGGCAUUGAGGUGAUUGACGAAGGCUGGUGGCGUGGCUAUGGGCCAGAUGGCCACUUUGGCAUGUUUCCUGCCAACUAUGUGGAGCUCAUUGAGUAAGGACCCUCGACUGCUGGCUGAAGCCAAGGGCUGUCCUUCCCUUCCCCACCCAGAUGUGAUUUCCUUCUUGCUGGAAGAGGUUGGGUGAGGGUUGUGUACGGCACUUUCAAGGAAUGGUAUCUGCUGAUGAGGACAAGCCCUCUGGCUCCCUCUGGCUUGGGUGGCUUGGCCUCUGUUACCCCAGAUGCAGCAAUAACCUGGUGAUCUCCAGACGUGCUACCAGAGCUUCCCAAACUCCCAAACAGCCUGGCCCUUGACCCCCAGCAGAAGACACUGCGCCGAGGCCUGCCCAGAGCCAGCCCUCAGUAACCUCUGCCCCAGGAGUGUGGCGCUGCCAGGGGCGGGGGGUCUGAGCAGGGGCACCUCGAGGCCUCCUGCAUUUGCCUUUCUUUCCUUUUCCUCUUGGCUCUAUGGGAUGGUGUCUAUAACUAGAAUGUCCGUGAUCCUUGGGAACAGUGAACUUAGUUUAUGACCAAAGUCGGAGUGGGUCAUGACUUUGACGACAGUAUUUCUGGAUCCUACUCUGUCCUGCCCAUUUCUCUGUUCCUCUGCCUGGGCUGUGGGCAGUGGAGACAGAGACGACCAAGCCCCCAUCUGAAUAUGUGAAGGAGGAGGUGAAAACAUCAACAGACACUGCAUUGCCUUCCAUGUGGCUCACUCUUGUCUCCUGGCCCCAGUGUGCCUGAGAGGUUCAGGAGAAGUAACCAUGGUGGCCUGUUCCUGCUGUCUUUCCUUAUUUCUGCCCCAGCCCACCUAUGUCUGCUUUUGGAAUAACAACUGCCCCACACAGGCGCUAGCUCUGAUCCAUCCUAUUGUAGCCCUCACCUGUACACCCUCUGACCUCUGACCAACCAUUAGCCACCUAGAAGAGGCAUAAAGAUCUACAUGUGACUGAA